GCCCAUCAUGAAGUCUUUAUUCUUGCAACGAUGCUGCGAAUCAAAGAAGUCAAAAAGUACAACAACCGUCUGGGCUUUCCCGCCGGGAAGGAGGUCCGCAUCCGCCCGCUUCUGGAAGCCGGAGGUUUUGCGCGUGGUCCCAUCUACGUCAAGUACGGCCGAGAGCUGUCCAAGCACGAUCCUUCGUCGAGGAGCAUGGCGUGGAACGCGACGGUGUUCGAUACGGCGUUGAAUCAUCCGACGCGACCGUGGACUGUGACCGUGGUUGGCGGGAAGAAGAUGGUGUUGGGAGUUAGGAAGGAGGGACUCGGGUUUUCGGAGGAUGAUCCUCCGAGGAGCUUGAACGUGAAAGGUGGAGACGAUAUGGCGGAUGAGAACUACGGUGGAGGAAAUUCAACGAUUGUGUUGGUGAAGAGUGGUGGAAAGGACUUUGCGAUAGGGUUGGAUGACCUGAAGGAGUUGAAUUCGUUUGGGAUUGGUGCUGGGAAUGGGAAGCUGUCGUUGGCAUUGGGAAAUCCUGUGAAUGUUCUGACAGGAGUAGUACUUCCGGUGGAACAGCGGGACGGAUCGGUGGCGUACGUGGCGGUGAAUAGUGAUACGAAGUCGGUGAUCUAUAAGGUAGACGCGAAAGGAUUGCAAAAGAAUCAGAAAAUUGAUGUGAAUGUACGGGCAAGUGCGGAGAAGAUCUUGUUAACUAAGAACAAUGAGUUGCUGCAUAUCUCACCGCAAGGAUUGAAUGUAUAUUCCGUGCAAGGGUCAGCAUCUACCUUCAAGUACUUUUGCCCUUACUUUUCGUCGUUUGGUGGAUGGAGUCGGCGAUUUGUGGACACUGUAACUUUGAUGGACGAAGGAGGGAAUCAGGAAGCUCUGAUUGGAACCGGUCCGAAGGGAAUUGAGUAUAUGCCGGUUGAUGAAAAGUGUAAGAACUAUGUCGUAGAAGGGGUGCAAGAUGCGAAACAUGCAGUAGUGGCUCCCGGUGCGACGAAAGAAGGAAACGACAUCAAGGUUUUGGGUGUUUACAAUGGGGAGCUGUGUUUGCUGACCCUGGAAGUUGUAGAUGCGGUUGAACCGAAGUUGGAUCAAGGAUCACCUGCUAAGCCAUCCGCGGAACGAGUCAAGGCUACGAAGAGCUCGAAGGUCACCGUUCGCAGUGGUGCUCUUAGUAAACCUGUUUCUUGGCUACGCGACAGCCUUGAUGAGGCCAGUUUCAAGAACAUCGUGGACAAGCUGAGCGGAAAGAUCAGGUUUUCGUUUCCACUGGUGGAUCUCCAGGGACGAAUGGGACUACCGAUCAAGCUCGUGGUGUAUUACGAUGAAUCGGACGGAGAGGAUAUGAGUGUUCUGGGUCGACACUGGACGCUGGGACGGGAUUGUAUUGUGCUUGAUCAUGGAAAUACAGUGUUUGAGGAUAAGCAGGACUAUUACUUGGUGAAGGAUCAGAUGAAGAUCAGGCUGGAGAGAGAUUGGACAAAGCCUUCGGCCAAUGGAAAAGUUCUGUUCAACAUGGUCGGUAACAAAGACGCUACGUUUGAAUACACGGCUCGAGAAGAAAAGUGGGAAGUAAGUGAUGGUAAGAUCCGGUACGUAUAUGGAAUGAAUAAUCAGGGAGUUGUGAGUGUUCCAGGUUGGGCUGAUUGGUACGGUCCUUCGGCGAAUUAUGAUAGCAAGAAGAUUCAUAGCGUUCAGUGGAAUUUGGUAGAGAUAAGCAGUGUAGCACACAGAGACGUUAAACUUAAGUACACAUACACUCCACUUGAUCCUAGCACACAUACAAUGCAUCUACUUAGCAUCACUGAUGAUAGCAAUAAGACAACUAUCAAGUUUAGCUACAAAACUAUUGAAGGUUUGGGGAAACAAGUAUCGUCGGGAUUGGUGAAGGAACAUAAGUUUAUUAACAAUAAAUUACUGGAAAAGGUAGAAAUCGAUAGCCCAAGUACCGCACAAGUAUUGAAACUAACCAGCACGAAGAUUGAUAGUCUAUAUUAUUUGGAAAGUAUAAAACAGGAUGAUGAUCCAGACCCAGUCUUAGGUUUUGAGUAUAAUAAGGAUGAUAAGUUAAAACCAAGGGUUCAACAAAUUCGGUUACCUUCGAAAUCUGUGGUAGACUUUAAGUAUACGAAACAAGCAAUUGCUACCCAACAAUUUGAGCAGGAAAUCGCAAAAAUGGCAGAUUUGUACACAGGCAAUGAGUAUUCGCUUGAAAUCGAAAAAACCGUCGGCGAAACGGAUCUUUACGUGCGAUUGAAAGACUCCGCUGGGAAAAACGAUUUCAUCAAAAAUCAAAGCAUUCGAAUCGAAAGCUACCGAGGUUUCAAGAUCAAAUCCUACAGUCCAUUCAUGAUGCAUAGCUAUAUCGCGAUCUUAGUCAGGUAUGCUGAAGAGAAAGAAAAACUUCACAAUAAGAUCUACAUUUUGAACAAGGGUGAGGAUGACUCAUGGAAGCUAGAUACUACGAAUAAUAAUUCAAGGGUUUCGGAAGAUAAAAAGUUCAAGUAUGACUUCCAAGAGGAUUCAUUCGUGUACUAUCAUUCGAAGAAGGUGCACUUUGAGUACAAGAAAUCUGGUACAAAAGUGUGGAGCUACACUUCGAAGGAUAUUGGCGAUGUAGACGCAUUUACUCUGAUGAACAGAGGUGCUGUCUACUGCAAAAAUGACUUGGUUUUGAUACGAUGGGAUGCCUUAGGGAAACUGCAGCAAGAAACUUUGAGUGAUGCUAAAAGUAAACCUAGUAUUUCUGACGUUGACACAUUUUUUGAAUACAUCGAUGUACAAGGUACGUUUCCUGAAGACGAAGCAGAAGCUAAGAAAGAGGUUGAUGACUACAAACGUGACCUCAAGGAGUCGUUGUCUGACUACGGUUUGAUACUGUAUAACAAUGUAGUGGCCCUUAGAACAAUCAAGCUUAGUUUCACUGGAAGAAUCACCGUCAAGGUGCUGCUAUACCUUCUGAAACAUGACUAUACCGUUUCCAGUAGAUCAUCAAUCGAACUUCAAGGAGGGGACCUCGCAAAGUUUAACCUCACACUGGACGUAUUUGAUGAGCAUAAAACAAAGAACACAAACGACUUGGACAAGUAUCGAUUUGAGUUUAAAAAGCAGGGAAGUAAAUUCAAGUUGACGUAUAUUGAAGCUACUGAUAAAGACAACAAACCUACAAAACCAUCAUCCCAAAAUGAGAAACUUAUUGGACAAUACGAACGUCGUAUGAAGAUUCCUUUGGAUUUCGAGAAGUACAUGAUGCAAGUCAACCAGGAAGGUAUCAUUGUCAACGAUCACCAGAUCAUCCACGAUAAUGGGAAUUUCAUCGCGAAGCAAUUGGAUCGUGAUACCUUGAAGCUCACAAAGUUCAAGAUUCCACUGGGAGCGUUUUCCAACUUCAAGAAAGACUCCGAUGGAGACGAGAUCAAGCUUUGCACUAAGACUGAGCAAGAACGAACGGAAAGUUGUGUCAGCUUGCAAACCAACUCUGCCCGAAACGUGUCCAUCAAGUAUCCGUACUAUCUGGUAACACAGAAGAAAAACGAUAUCAAAGUUCUUCCGUUGAAGAUCAACAGCCGUGGUUGGGAAGAUUCAGUAGACUACCGAGGUGAAAUCCUCCAUGGCUCUUCCAGUCAUGCAGCAAUGGUCACGACCCGAAUGUCAGAUCAGAAAACCAUCGUAAGACCUUUGAAAGCUUUGAACAAGAUCAACAAGAUCUACGCGCAAGUCAUCUCGGAGGAGAAGCUGACAACACCCUACGACAGCUAUGUGAUCAAAUACGAGUAUGAAGACCCGGUUGUAUCCAUGAAUCAAGUGGCGUUCAAAACCACAAUUGUAGUCCCCGGAGGAGGCAAGUCAGCCACAGGAUACUAUAGGGAGACAAACGAUCUCCAAGAUAAUCAACAAAUUGUCCAGGUGAUGACUGCGGAUAAUCAAGUGUUCGACCCUGAGUAUGUUAAACGAAUGAACGAAAUGCAACAAGAGGAAGACAAACAACGGGAUGGAGCACAGCUGGACGCAGAACAAACCAUCACCGACAAGAGUGGAUAUCACCCCAUCCUGAAGACCACUCCCUACAGUGCCAACCAGGAAUUGGUUCAAUUUCUAGGAUUUGAAGACUACGAAGAUAUGACGGGUUGGACAGUUAAUCGAAGACCUAUUCAAGAGUCUAACAUUCGCCGGAAUGAGUUUUCUGCAACUGGAAGAAAUUUCCUUUUGCUGAGAAAAGGCGAAGAGUUAAUUGCGGAGUUUCCCAAUACGGCGUAUUACGACACCUUCAUCGCCAGUACCUGGAUAAGGACGACACAGGAAACGGCUGUCGGUAGUACAACGGAUAUGCUUUCGCUCUACGUAGACAACAAACCGAUGAAGGGCACAAUCAAGCAAACCAUUGACGAGUGGAUUUACGUCGAAGCAGAUAGCAGAGAAAUCGCUGUUCCCGAAUCAACCGCAGUAAAACGAGUCCAUUUCAAGAUCAUCGUCAAGCCAACGGGAGCGGACGACGUUCACGUAGAUCACGUUCGACUAUCGCCAGUGAACUUCAACUUUGAAGGAAGCGUAUACGACGCUCGCAUCGGACAGCGCACAGCCACGAUCCAGACGAAUGGCUUCGUUUCCAGGCGUUUGUACGAUGCGUACAAUCGACGAAUCGCCGAAGUUGACGAAACCGGAAACAUCAAAUAUCUAGCGAGCUAUUCCAAACGCGUUGGGAACAAGAAGGACGAGAAGAAACGGGAGGGAGGCAUUAGCUCAAGACUUCAGAUGCGUGCUAAGCACAGUUGGGUGGAGUCAUUCUCUCCAUACACGAUGGAGAAACGGUGGCAGAUUGGAGGCGCCGCAACCGUUGAACCGAACCAAGCUAUUCUGCAAGGUCAAAUCAUCUCCAAGGAAAAGUUUUCUUCUGAAUCGAUUUGCAUCCGGUUGGUGUACAGCAUGAGCGGAAGUUCGCAGCUUUCGUUGACCAUCGGUAAGACUACAGUGGUGGUGAAACCGAAUGCUGUUCAAUACAAAGGACAUACUGCGACUACUCCAAGCAAUGCUGAACUGGUCAUCUUCGCAACACCUAAGCUAACCAGCAUUUGGGUCGAUGGCCAUCUCAGAAUUGAAGCACCGGAAACCCAUGCCAAGUUUAACAACGAAGCCGUCUCUCUGCAGACCAGUGGACCUGUAGGAAUCAAAGAUGUAAUAGUGAUGGAAGAUGCGGAGAUUCAAGUGUCCUACUUGAAUCGAGAUUCCAAACCGUUGCAGGAAAUUCUGCUGCUAGAUUCUAGCAACGUUUUGAUCCGCCAAAUGAUGUACGAUGUUAUUGGACGUAGGGUUGCCGAAACGGUUUGGGUGCAGAAAUCUCUGAUAGAUGGACGCUCAACCGCAUUCAAAGCGUUCCAAUACCAUGACGAUUUCGUUUCGAACGACAAUCCUACAGACCGCAAUUACUUCCUUAAUACUGGUCCAAUGCAAGGAUACGUCGCCACGGCAACCAAUACCAUAUACGAAGGUUAUCCGUACUCGCAAACAGUAUAUUACAACAAUCCCUUGGAGAUUCGCCACAAAGUCGGACAUCCAGGUGUCAAAAACUCCAUUAAAGGGGCUUUCGUUCACCAGUACGCUAUUGCUUCCGACCUCGCGUUCAUACAAAGAAACUACCCGAAGAACGAAGGCUACCGCCAAGAGGAAGAGAAAUCUCCCAAUGGAAAGAAGCACGUGGUGGUCUACAAUCGUAGGAACAAAAAAGUUGCAGAAUACACCCAGGUCAAGGACUACAACAACAUUCUGACCACAUACAUCUAUGACCAGCAUGGAAAUCAGAUCCAAAUGCUGCCACCUAGUUACUACCAUGAGAAAUCCAGAUCUGGAGACUAUCAACCCGAGAAGCAGGUAGUUGCUUCACCUUGGGCGGUGACAUCCAAGUACGACUCCACUGGAGAGUUCAUCACCUCCAAGGAAACUCCCGAUGGUGGUCGGGUAGAGUUCAUCUACAAUGAGUACAAUCAGUUGCGCUAUCAGAUCCACUACAAGGAAGAUAAACAAGCGGACAAGAUUGUGUAUUUCUUGUACAACAUUUUCGGACGGAUGUGUGAAGCGGGGCAAGUCCCGGCCAACCCUACCACUCUGCAGCAGGUGCGGGAAACCACAAAAUCCCAUCAGGCAAUUCCAAAUCGGGACCAAGCCGUGUACUUCGAUUACGGAGAAACUGAAUCCGAACCUUCGCUCAGAGGACGAAUCCAACGUACGGUGAAGAAGAACAAGGAAGUUUUGUUCAGCGAGGUGAUGUUCUUCGAUGAAGAGAGCAAUAUCAUUCGUAAGAGCUACAUCAGCCCAACGACCAACGAGACCUUGUCACUGGUGUACUUGCAGGAGAAUGAUAAGGUUAGCGGAAUACAGUAUCCGUUCGGCGUGGAUGGCAAGCAGCUGAUUCUGAAGUACAAGCACAACUUGAGAGGUGAAAUAGUAGAAGUUGCGAGAGUCGAACAAAAGACCAGCGGACAGACUGAGUUUAUCCCGAUUGCUGGUAUUGAUCACGAUGCAGAGGGAAAGGUAACGAAGAUAUCCCACAAUUACGGGGACAGUAAGUUUGAUCAAACUUACAAGUACGUAGCUCCUGGAUACUUGGUGGAGAUUGCUAAUAAUUUCCUCACCGAAAAAUUAUACUACACGGAAAAAGGUUAUGGAUGUGAGCCUACCGGUGACGGCAGCAUUCUUAGAACUGAGUUCAAGGCCAGUUGGCAUGACAAGUGCGAUCAGAAUUUGAUUCCGUUGACUGCAAGAGCAUUCGUGUCUGGUGGCAUUGAUUUCACGACAGCAGAAACCUGUUUCGACGCACUGUUAAAUCUUGGCUAUAUCGACACCACUGGACGUCCCGUUAAGACAUUCUACCCCGAUUUGGAAACAGGAUUACCGAUGAAAUGCGCAACUCCUUCGAACUGGCGGUAUAUUUCGGAAAAAAUGCUGGAGCAGGGCUAUCCUGAGCAUUACGGACAUGCAUACGACUACGGUAGUCAUGGAGAGUUGAUCGCCGCCAAAAGCUUUGUCGGUAAGGAGAAAGACAGCUUGACGGCUCCACUCUCCAAAGCGUCUUUUGCGAAUGCUGGUAUGAAGUCACAUGAAUUGGAUAGAUUUUGGGAUAGCUUGAGUAGAAGCAUUAACAAGGUUGAAGGAACAAAAGCGAUUUUUGAAGGAACUCAACAGUUGACAACAGGUUUGGUGGGAUCAGUUAUACACAAACCGAAACUGGAAUCCUUGUUGGAAGGAAAGGGUGGAGACUCUUCUAUUUGUACGCCUUGGUCAAGUGGAGACAGAACAGAGGAAGCCAAGUGUAAGCGAGAAUACCAACAAGCUUUCGAUAAGCUCAAAUUAAAGCAGGUGAUACAAUCUCUUCAAGAACCCGUGAGGAAGAACGUAUUGCGCAUUCUGAAGAACACCCUUGCUUCAAUGUUGGGAAACUCACCGGGAGAUGUGGAAUCGUUUUCAAUUGAUCCUAAUGGAAAUCACGGGGUAUUCUACACGGGUUUCAAACGUUUCGAGCUGAAAUACAAACACCAAAAGAAUCAGAUAGCCACUAUCAAGGAGGGCACCAAACAGCAAGAAAAGAUGAUCGUGCAUGACGACGAAGGUAACGUGAUUAAGGCACUUCACAAGAAAAUCGACAAGAUCGAGUACGAUCCGUUGACUCAGCGUGUUUCCCGUAUCGAAAUGUCGGACAGGUCUCGAACUUUGGAGUUUGGCUACGAUUUCCGAGGUGAGCGAACAUUUAAGCGCGUGCGAAACAAGGAUAACGACAUCAUUUCUGUAAACUACUACGUUCGAGACAACAAGGGUAACGUUCUGGUAGAGUACAAGCAAGAAUAUCCCAACCCAAAGGAUACCAACAAGCCCAUCAAUACGGUCACGGCUUAUAUCCACGGGCCUCUAGGUCUCCUGGGCUUCUUCCGUAACAACAAGUACUACAACGUUCUCCUGGAUCACGAAGGAUCAACGCGAUUGGUAAUCCACCAGGGUAAAGUUGUUGCUGCCUACGACUAUCUCCCGUACGGGCAGAUGAUCCGUAAAUACGGAUCAAACCCAGAAGCCCACAUUGCCUUCCGCUACACAGGUCAGGAAUUCGACGAAGAAACAGGCCUGUACAAUUACCACGCUCGACUGUACGAUCCGGAUAUUGGACGCUUCUUCCAAAUGGAUCCCAUGGAACAGUACGCCAGUCCGUACAAGUACGCAGGGAACUCCCCCGUGUCGCAAAUCGAUCCGGAUGGUCAGAUUGCGGUUACUCUGGUUCUGAUGAUCAUCGGAGCUAUCGUUGGUGCUUACCUCGGAGCUGCCUCCGCGAAUAACAGCUGGAAUCCCGCCAAAUGGGCUUGGGGUGAUAAGAAGACGUGGAUCGGGUUGUUUGCCGGCGCCAUCAUGGGAGCAUUUGCCGUUUAUGGUGGAGCAGCUACGUUCAGUUACUUCACGGCCAUGUUCGGAGGAUCCAUGAUCGCUGGAGCUUUAGCAACGGGUGUUAUCUCCGUGGCAGGAGCUUUCCUUGGCGCAGCCGCCGCUUCAAAUCAGUGGAACCCUGCCAAAUGGGACUGGACAUCGCCCGCUGUAUGGAAUGGUCUUCUCUCUGGAGCAUCUAUUGCGGUUAGCUUCCCAUCAGGUUUCGUUGGAAUCACUCGAAGUUUCAUGUCGAUAUCAUCCAAUUUGGUGAAGAUGAUCUACGCUUCGCUCAUGGUAGGAGGCUUUCUGCUAUUUGUGUACCUUGGUGGCGGUAUGGCAAACAACUUUAACUUUCAAAUUUCUCAGUGGGACUGGAAGAGUCCUCGAACAUGGUUCGGCAUGAUUGAAGGAGCCUCUACCAUCUUUAUGGGUACAGCCGGCACUGCCAAACAUGGCGCCGCAAAGGUUUAUAACGUUGUAAAGCCUAACGGAUUGAAGAUGAUUUGGCAUAAAGUCAACAUUCCUUCAAAGGCUUUCACAAUGCGUCGUGUGAAAGAUACCAUUAUUCUAACCUGGUACAAAAAUGGUCAGUCCAUUAGUAAGCAAAUUCUGAAGACAACAGUCAAAGCAGAUUUGGCAAAGAUUCCUAAAGAUUUUAUUAUGAUUCACCGUGGGUUUUUCAUGCCAUAUCAGCGCAUCGGUUACGCAGCCAUUGCAAUGCCAUCGAUGGCAGGUUUGAUGUUCAAGAAAAAUCAAUACUUCUUCACCAAUCACCCUAACGGAACAUUAACGAAACAUGUGAGAAAGAAGCGUUCCGCCCCAAUGAGCAGCUCUGCAGCAUCUCCCAGCGUUUCAAACUUUUUGAACGAUUUCUUUGAAAAUAUGUCGGAGCUAUUCGAUUCAUUUUUCUCUCAAACUGAACACUCUCACCAAGAUUCACAAAGCUCUCUAUCGAUUGGUGCUUCGUACGGUCGCCCUUCAAACGAAUCAUACCACAAAUCCUUCCAGAAGCUGUGCUACUCACCCGAUAGUGACGGCAAUCAGAUCAUCUGCCCGCAACGUGAAUCCACCGUGAACAUCUUCUCGAAAGGGGAGACAUUCGCUCCGGAAGCGUUCGGACAAGACUUGUUCAGCCGAUGUUUGCCUCUGACAUGGCACGAUCGGCCUUCGAUUGCUUGCGACGGAGAGCAAACCACCUUCAUCUACACUCCCAAUCAAAACAUCAGGGUGUUCGACAUGGUGGAUGGUUGGCUGAUGCUGGCAAGAAUCGCUCCCGCUGCUUUGCGGAAUUUGAAAGCUGGAUUCAGUUUCUUGAGGGAUGUAGUCUUCAGUGAUGAACGAGAACAAACUGUACAAGUGAACGAUUUGUCUCGUUGCAAACAAGAUCUGGAGGUUGAAUUACUUGAUUUGAAACGGGUGAUGUUGAAGAAACAACCGAAUGAAGUGAAAUGGGCACAGCCAAUUUUGAAUGACUUGGAAGACGACAUCGGUGAAUUUUUGAGUGAGCGAAAACCUUCGGAGAAGGAGUUUGAGUUACUUCAAGAAAGGUUGAGUGCUUUACGGGAAGAGAUAAUGGAAAAUUCGUCUGUAGCAACCGAACUCAAUCUGUCCACACUGAUUGGUGAUAUGCUGAAAAAGAUGGAUGGUGUCAAUGUAGGCUUGAAUGGAGAUGUCCGUGAUAUGAUAUCUACGCUUAGUGGUAUGGUUCCAUUCUCGAGUAGUAACUUAUUAGCAUGAGGAGAUCGUCUAGUAAUCAAGUAAUGUACAAAAAAAUCAUUGAUUAUUUAUUUAUAGCAAAAGAGAUAGGGGACUUAACUCUAAACUAUUGUCACUUAUAACGUAUAACAUAGGCCUAACUUCUACGCUAAUUUUUAAGUGCUUUAUUAUAGUACGAGUAGUAUAGAAACAAAUAAUAAAAGUGAAAUAAAUGAAUGCAACAAACAAAACAA